AUGGAGUUUGUUAAAGAGGAGAGUGCUGCAGAAACAUGCGGAGAGAAAGAGCAAGAAACUGAGGAGCAGAGAGAGAUGGAGUUUGUUAAAGAGGAGAGUGCUGCAGAAACAUGCGGAGAGAAAGAGCAAGAAACUGAGGAGCAGAGAGAGGCCUGCAAUCUCAAAACUCACCUGCUCUCUCACACCGGAGAAAGACCCUUUCACUGUCAGCGCUGCGAUAAGAAGUUUUUCCUGGCCGUGCACUUGAAGACGCACAUGAGGAUUCACGAAGACGAGCGGCGGUACGUGUGUACAUUCUGCGGGAAGAGUUUUCUGUGGCUGCACGGUUUUAAAGACCAUCAGAAAACACACAUCGGCGAGAAACCCUUCGUGUGUUUGGACUGUGGGAAAACCUUCGCUAGAGCCGCCGAACUGAAAGUGCAUGAACGGAUCCACACCGGAGAAAAACCCUACAAGUGUUCACACUGUGAGAAGAGCUUCACUCAGUCAUCAGGACUGAAAGUGCACGAGAGAGUUCACACCGGAGAGAAACCAUACCUCUGUCCCUCCUGCGGGAAGACUUUCAGCCGAUACGGGAGUUUAGGAAAGCAUUUAAAAAAGGCUUGUCCAAAGCUGAAAAAGUGA